AACGAUGUAACGCACACUAGCGCCAGCUCGGCCGUCUGUGAAUGUUGUCACUUAUAUCAAUAAUGUAAAUUACUUUGUGAUAUUUAGUGUUUUUAAAUUACAAUUUGUGUUCACCAAAUACAGUAAUCAUAUCAAAAAUGAACGUAAAAGCGGCUUUGGCCAUGACUAUGGUCUUCGUUGGAUGCUGUUCCAACGUAGUAUUCCUAGAAAUGGUAGUAAAGGAGGACCCAGGUGCUGGCAACCUGGCGACCUUUCUACAGUUCCUGUUCAUAGCAACUAUAGGAUUUUGUACAGUGGGCAAGUUCGGGACAGCCAAAAGGAACAUACCGUUCAAACAAUACAUCAUACUAGUUGGCUUUUUCUGGACAAGCAGUGUUGCCAACAACUAUGCUUUCGACUUCAAUAUCUCCAUGCCACUCCACAUGAUAUUCAGGGCCGGCUCCUUAAUGGCGAACAUGGCUAUGGGCGUAUGGAUCCUGAAGAAACAGUAUCCAUUCUUGAAAUAUUUGGCCAUAUUCAUGAUCUCAGGCGGCAUCGCAGUAUGCACUAUACAGUCGAGUGGCGACGUGAAAGCCCCGAGAGAGACGCAUGAAGAUGCCGCCGAAGAGGAAAGAUUGAAGUUUAUCGAUUGGCUAUGGUGGUGUCUGGGGAUAGCCAUUUUAACCUUUGCCCUAUUCGUAUCAGCCCGGAUGGGGAUAUUCCAAGAAUCCCUGUAUUCUAAAUACGGGAAGCAUCCUUGGGAGGCGCUGUACUAUACGCAUUUGAUGCCGCUCGUGUUCUGGUUGCCAACGUCGUCUAAUUUGAUUACGCAUAUCAAAUUAGCGACAGAGACGCCCAACGUCGAGUUCUUAGGUCUCAUUCUCCCAAGGCAAGUUCUUUGGCUGAUACUAUAUGUAUCGACACAAGGACUGUGCAUAAGUGCAGUGUAUGUGUUAACCACAGAGUCCGCUUCCCUAACAGUGACUCUAACGGUCACAUUAAGGAAGUUUGUCUCGUUACUGUUCUCGAUUGUCUACUUCAGGAAUCCUUUCACUUUUGGACACUGGAUCGGGACAUUAUUAGUUUUUAUUGGUACUCUAAUAUUCACAGAGUUACUACAGAAGUUCGUCGCAUUAUUCUUGCCCAAGAAAGACGAGAAGAAGAUUCAAUAAACUUAAUCUUAAUUAUAAGUAGUAAAUGAUAGUACAAUGUUAACAUAUUGAACUAGGGUUUUUUAAUUGAACAAAUUACAAACGCUCAAGUUUUAAGCUGUGCUUAAAUCGAUUCUUGUGAUACAGAAGUUUAAGAAGUGUCUUGUUAUUUGCCAUUUCAAGUACCUAAGUGUGGUAUAAGUGAUGUUGUAUUUUGUUGUGUUAACAAAUGUGUUUAAUUGUGACUUGUAAGUUUGUAAGCAUUAAGUUAUAUAAGUACAUAUUGAGAUAUUUUUUACGGUAGCUACAGGCUCAGAAUGAUAUUAUA